GCGACGGCGAGAGCAGCGGCGAGCGCCGCCCGCCAGCCGCCCGCCGACGGUCCAGCCGUGAAUUGGCCUGCUCGCCACGCCUCGCGCCUGGCCCUCUUUGGCGUCCUCCCCCUGGCCGGCCGGCCAGCAGUCGCGAGUUCCCGUCGAGGCUGCGCCAGGCCAGGAUGCCGCAGCUGCGCGCGCCAGCCGCGCGGUCCCCGUGGAAGCGAGGCGAGGCCGCAGCUUGCCGAGCGCCAGCCGGGCGGCGCGCCGAGCCGAGCGCCCAAUGGGAAGCGCCGAGGAGCCGCAGUGAUCGCGAGCAGCCAGUGCGCGCCUAGGAGCAGUCGAUCCGAGUCGAUCCGAGUCGAUCCGAGUCGAUCCGAGUCGAUCCGAGCCGAUCCGAGCCGAUCCGCCGGGCCGCGAUGGCGAACGACAGCAGCAGCGGCGACGGCGGCGGCGGCGGCGCGACGAGCGAGGGCUGCCCGUGGAGCGAGGCCGACGAGGAGCAGGCCGGCGCGAGCUGCCCACCCGUCUGGGACACGCUCAUGUGCUGGCCGCGGACCGCCGCCGACAGCUGGGCCAGCAUGCCGUGUUUCGCCGAGAUCGGGGGCAUCCGCUACGACACCAGCCAGAACGCCAGCAAGUGGUGCUGGGCGAAUGGCACCUGGGAGCACUACUCCAACUACACGCAGUGCGCGCCGCUGUACGACGCGCUCGACGAGUCCGAGCCAACGAGCAGCGUGGAGGUGAUGACGCGGCUGUACCUGGUCGGCUACGGGCUGUCGCUGUGCAGCCUGCUCGUCGCCGUGGCCAUGUACCUGCGGUUCAGGGAGCUGCGCUGCCUGCGCAACGCCAUACACGCCAACCUGAUGGCCAGCUACAUUCUGGCCGACGCGCUCUGGAUCGCGACGGUGCUGUCGCAGGUCUCGCUGCAGUCCAGCCGACCGACCUGCGCGCUCUUCUUCUCCCUCUACCACUACUUCCAGCUGACCAACUUCUUCUGGAUGUUCGUGGAAGGCCUCUACCUGUACCUGCUGGUGGUCAAGACCUUCUCCGGGGACGGCGUGAAGCUGACCACGUGCCUGCUCAUCGGCUGGGGUCUGCCGCUGGCGGUAGUGGGCGCGUGGGCGGCGGCCAAGUGCCUGGCCGAGCCGCCGGCCAGCCGGAGCCCCGAGGUAGCCGCGGCCUGGCCGCUCGCUCGGCCAGCCGCCUGGCCGCCGCCGCUGCAGCGCCGCUCGUCUCUCUCUGCCGCAGGAGCGCGCCCUGCUGGAGCACUGCCCCUGGAUGGCGCGCCACCCGUUCGACUGGCUCUACCAGGCGCCGGCCGUGCUCGUGCUCUGCCUCAACGUGCUGUUCCUGCUGAGGAUCAUGUGGGUGCUCAUCACCAAGCUGCGCUCGGCCAGCGGCGCCGAGACUCAGCAGUACCGCAAGGCCGCCAAGGCGCUGCUCGUGCUCAUCCCGCUGCUGGGCGUGGCUUACGUGCUGGCCCUGGCCGGGCCCAACGAAGGCCCCGCGGCCCGCUUCUUCGAGUACGGCCGCGCGGCGCUGCUCUCCACGCAGGGCUUCUCGGUGGCGCUCUUCUACUGCUUCCUCAGCAGCGAGGUACGCAACGCACUGCGCCACCGCUACCGGCGCUGGGCGGCCGAGCGCAGUCUGGGCGCGGGCCGGCGCUACUACGCGCACUGGGCGCCGCGCUCGCACACGGAAAGCGUCAGACUCUACUGUCGACCGGCCGCCGCCAUCGCCGCCGCUGCCGGCGCCGCCGCCGCCACCGCGGACACCGCCGACACCGCCGACACCGCCGACACCACCGACACCACCGCUCGCCCGCGCCCGACUCUCCUCGGCGCGCGCUAGCGGCUGUUCCCCGGCUCUCGCCCGAGGCUGCUCCUCGAUUCUUGCCAUCUGUCUGCUGCAGCCUCGUACCUCGAGCACCGACCAGUCGACUACCACUACCUGGGGCCCGACAUAUCGGAAAGCGUAGCCCUAAUCAAAAGAAGACGCCUCGGCGUAAGGCUGCGGUAGCGCUCCAGCGGACUCACGGUCGAAAGGUACUUUAGCUUUAAUCUAAAAAACUAAUAAAGAUACCGAAUCGGAUUUUUUCCAAAUUACUUAUAAUACCUUGAACUUUCGAAAUAAUUACAAC